AUGUUUAAAAAGUUUAAAGAUAAGCUUGCAGAAGAAAUGAAACAAUCGCCUGCCAGGUUGCAAGCGAGCAUGCAACAACUAGCACAGGCAGUUGUAUCUCCUGCUUUGUCCAAUACAUCAGUACAGGAAUUAUCUGUAUCUAAUGACAAUUUUAGUUUAACAGAAGAAGGAGAUGAAACUCCCAAAAAUAGUCCUAUUAAACAUGGUUUUCAAAAUGUAGAUUUAGUGUCACCCAUAUCAAACUCGUUAGGUAUGUCAAGAAGAUCUUCAAUUAGCAGUAUCACUAGUGACACUUCAUCCCUUUUUCCAAUUUAUGAAAGUCCUGCUAAUUUAUAUCAUUUGCAGUCUGAUAUGGACCAAUCUGCAAGUGAGAUAGAUGAAAAUAUAAAUUCACAAUUAGAUAAAGUUACAAAAGAUCAAAUAUAUUCAGCAUAUCGAAAAAUACAAGCAAAGUAUCAUAAAUAUCGUGGAAGAUACACAGAUCUAGCAACACAUUAUAAGGAAUUGGAAAGAGUAAAUAGUAAACUAGAAUCAGUUUUAGUAGAAACACAAGAUAAAGUAUUAAGAAGAAUAGUUGAUUUGAAAGAACAGUGUCAAUUAGAACAACAAGCAAAAGCUCAUUUGGAAGAGGCAUUGAGAAAUGACAUUGAAGAAAAAGAUCACAUAAUAAAUACAUUGAACACAAAGAUUAAACUUUUGCAAGCAAGUGGACCAAAUUUAGAAACUACAUUAUCAGAUACUACCAAUGAUCAAAAAGAAAAUUUAAAGGAUAAUCUCAUUGAUCUUAGUACUAGUUCAUCAAUUUCCAAUGAAAAUACUUUGUUAGUUGAAAAUUCACAAUUAAAGGAUAAAUUAAAAAAAUUGGAAAAUAUUGUGCUCAAAUACAAAGAAUCUUUGAAACGAAAUAAAGAAAAAUUUACUGAAAUAUUGACAGAGAAAAUUACAUUGGAAUUUGAGUAUGAAACAUUAAAAAAUUCUUAUGCAGAAAAAGAAAAAGAGAUAAAUUGUACCCAAAAAGAAAUUAAAAACUUAACAGAUCAAAUGACUAUUUUAAAAAAACGUGAAGAAGAAUCUGUAAUAUCACUAGCUGAAAAUAAACUUUCAAUACAUAGAGAAUUAGAAGACAAGGAAGAACAAAUAAAAAAACUACAAUUAGAUUUAAAGCAUAUGACAGAAUCGAAAGAGAACUUAAGUGAAGUUGUUAAUAAAUAUAAAGUUGAAUUAGAAAAAUUAAAACUAUCACAUAGUUCCAAAAAUUCUGAUUCAGAAAAAAAAGAGGUUAUACAAGAUUAUUUAAAAUCUAAACUAGAUGAGAAGGAAAAUGAAUUUCAGGAGAUAAAAAUUAAAUUAGAAGAAUUACAAAAACUUACUAAAGAAUAUCAGACAGAUAAAGAAAAAUUGUAUAUGGAAUUUUCAAAUUAUAAAUUAAAAUGUGCAGAAAUUCAAAAUGAAUAUGAUGCACAAAAAAUUGUUGCUGAGGAGAAAACAAAAGAAGCAGAAGCAACAAUCGAAAAGUUACAAGCCACUGUGCAAAGCCUUGAUAAAGAACUAGAAAAUAUGAGAAAUGCUUUAAUUGAUAGAGAUAAAGUAUGUGAAAAUUAUAAUGCAAAAGUUCAUGAAUAUGCAACAAUGCUUGAAAAAAUGAAAGAAAAAUUGCUGAUCCAAGAGACGGAAAUGAAAACUUAUAAAGAAAAAAUACAAGACAGUGAAUCUACAAUUUCUGAACUUAAAACCAAAUUAAAAGCAGAUAAUUUUAAUAUUGGUUUACUUCACAAAGAAAAAAAUAAUUUAGUUAAGAAUAUUUCGAAUUAUAAACUUCUUGCCAAAAAAUUAAAAGAAGAUAACACAUACAUUAGAAACAAUACAGUGAAAUAUUUCACAGAUAUUAAUAAUGAAAUUUUUAUUUUAAAAGAUGGCUUUGAUACUUUCCUAGAAAUAAAUAACAUUAUUCCAAAUCAUGCAAAUUUUCAAAUUAAAGUAAAAGAAUUUGAAGAACUCAAACAAAAAUACGAUCAGUUACAAACUGAAUUAAAAGAUACUGUACGUUUUAAAUCAAGUUUAGAAGUAAAUUUAGAAAAAUAUAAUAAACAGUUGCAUGAAAUGUCCAUGAAACUAGAACAACAAUGUGAAAUUGAUGUAAAAAAUCGUAAACUUAUAGCUGAGAUUGAUAAUCUCAAUUUCAAAUUAUAUGAUUUAAGAAAUUUACCUGAACAAAUGAAAUUGUUAACAACGGAAUCUAAAUCUUUACAAGAAGAGUUUAACAAUGUUAAUAACAUGAAUCACUUACUUUCGAAUGAAAUAUGUGAUUUGAAAGUACAACUUGAGGAAGCCCAUAGUAAUACAAUAAAAUUAGAUGAAUUGGAACAGAAGUAUAUGGAAGCAACAGAAACUGUUACAUUAUUAAAAUCUGAGAACUCUAAUUACAAUAAAUUAGAAGCAAAACUAAACACUUUAAAAUCAAAAAUCACAGUUUUAAAUGAAAAUUCAGUUGAAAAAGAUAAGAAAAUAAAUAUUUUGAAUAAAGAAUUGGAAAAUAAAGAAAGUCGUAUAAUUAAUUUAAAAGCUCAAGAAGAAAAACGUGCAAAAUUAAUUGCAACAUAUGAAAAAAGAAUUACUGAACUUACAGAUUCAAAUAAGACAUUACAACAAACCAUUCAAACCAAACUUUUGCAAUUAAAAGAUUUGAAAACUAUUAAACAACAACAAGAUAUUACAAUUCAAAAGUUAACUGACGAAAUUAAUGAAGCAAAAACUUUAUAUAUAAAUGUAUCAGCGCAAUUAGAAAAAUUAGAAAAAGAAAUGAAUAUGUUAAAAUCAGAAAACUGCCAAAUAGUAACAUUAAAAAAUAAUAAUGAAAUUAUCAGCGUUGAAUUAGAACAGUUGAAAUUAAUUCAAAAUGAAAUCAAUUUAGAAAAUAAAGAUUUAAAAGACAAGCAAAACGAAUUUUUGAAACGUAAUCAAGAAUUAAGUGAAUCUAAUGAAAACUUAAAGCAAAAAAUUACAAAUUAUGAAAAAUAUAAUGAACAGUUAGUAACUGAAAAUACACAAUUACAGAAAGAAAUUGAAUUAUACAAAAAUCGUUUAUAUAAAAUUAUAUUAUUAAAUACAGUAAUAGAACCUAUUAAUCAGAAACUGAAUGACCAACUUGAAAAAUUUGAUUCAUAUAAAAAACAAGCAGAAGGCAUUCAAGAACAUCUUAUAAAGGAAAAUGAAAUUUUAAAUAAUGAAUUUGACAGAUUAUGUUUAAUUAAGGUAACUUUAGAAGAUAAUAAUAAUAUAGAAGAAAAGAAUAAAGAACUUGUAACAGAAUUACAAAUUUUAAACAAAGACAUUGCAAGAUUAAAAGCAAUUAAAGAACACUUAAGAUUAGAAAUAAAUAACUUAAAUGAAACAAAAAGUAAUUUAGAGGAGAUACAAUUACAAAAUAAUGAAUUAAUUACUGAAAACUUAUCUUUAAAAAAUAAAAUUACAGAAUUAGGUAAUGUAAAUACAAAGUUGCAAGCUUAUGUAAAUAAGUUAGAAUCUAAGAUUUCCAGUUUAGAUCAAAUAGAAUGUAAGAAUAUUGAAUUAAAAGAUGAACUUGAUACUUUAAAAGUGACAAAUACAGAAUUACUGUCUCAAAUAGAAAAAAAGGACAAAGAAAAAAAACAAUUGACAAUAGAAAUAGACGAAUCACAACUUAUAAUAGAUGAAAAAGUUGCAGAGUUAAAAUUAUUAGAUACUAAAAAUACAGAAUUGUUAAAAGAAAUUGAAAGGUUAAAAUCUUCAACAAUGGACGAAGAAAUAGUAUCAGAAACAGAAGCAUUAACUACUACAGCUGAGUAUUUGAAAGAAACAAUUAAUAAGUUACAGAAUGAAAUAAAAGUUCUUACAGAUUCGAAUAUUACAUUAAAUGAAGAAAUAAAAAAUAUAAAUAGUAGUCAAACUGGAGAUGACUUGUCUAUUAAACAGAGUGAUAAAUUAGAAGAAGAAAAUAAAAAAUUAGAAGCACAACUGGACGAAGCAUUGAUAACAUUCCAAGCAAAAGAAUUGAAAAUGCAUUUCAUUAGUAAUGAAUUAAAAGAUCAAGUACAUAACUUAAAACAGGAAUUGAAAACAAAUGAGGCAGAACAAAGUAUGAGAUUAAAGCAAUUGGUUAAGGAAUUCCAAGCUCAAUUACAUGAUAAGGAAGAAGAGUUACAUGCUGCAUUAGAAAAACGAUUUGAUCGCCAGCAAAAUUAUGAGUCAAAUCUCAUCCAACAAUACAAAGAGCAAUUGAAAGAUUUUCAAAUAGAAUUAACGACAAAAUCGGAACAAAUCGAAAAUCUAAUUUUAGAAAAUAAAAAUUUAAUGUCACAGAAAGCAAAAGAUAUGAAUCAAUUAAUGGAAAAAAUUGCAAUAAUGAAGAAAGAACAUGUAGAUGAAAUUAGAGAUAUAGAAAAGAAAUGGAAAUCAAUUGUACAACAAAAAACUGACAAAUUGGAAGCAAAACACGAGGAAGAAAUGAAUGAAUUAACACGCGAGUGGCGAAAUGAAAGAAGGCUGGAUGAACAAUCUGAUUUAAUUAAUAAGGAAUUAGAAAGUACUUCGCGAGUUGCAAUGGCAGCUGUACAAUCGAAUACUGGUUCUUUUCAUACCCUUCAACAAACACUGACAGCGCAGAGACGAGAAUUAAUUGAACUUAGAAAAAUAAUGAAGUUAAGACAUGAUACAUUAGAAGAUUCAACAGAAAUAGAAUAUCUUAGAAAUAUUUUAUUUGAGUACAUGAUGGGAAGAGAAACAAUGGUGCUUGCUAGAGUAAUCGCUGCAGUUGUCAAAUUUGAUCAAGAACAAACAGCAAAAAUACUUAAAAAAGAAGAAGAUAAAAUGACAUUGCUUGGUUCUCUAGGUCUCACAUAG